AUGCCACGGCGGCAGCGGGUGUACACCACCGUCGACCAGCUGUCCAUGCGGUACCGGGUGCUCGACUUGCUGGUCAAGGGCCUCUUCCCAGACCACGACGUAGACUCGCUGCAUGGCCUGCUCGCGCUGGCAGACGAAAAGGGCAUUGAGGUGCCUCAGGAGGAGAGCCAGAUAGCCCCUCUCGACCCGCGGGGUGCGUCAAACGGAGAAGGAGCCUCCGAUGCCCCAUCACCACCUGUUGUCCAAGAGCAGAGGGACGACCCGUCGCUGCAGGACAACAGCGUCGCACCGAGUGACGACGCCGCUGUCCCCGAAGGAUGGCUGGUGCCAGCUCCUAACGGAGGAUACCAUUACAUUGGCACUGCGUCGCUGGUGUACUUUGCCCACACGGCAAGACGGCUGGUGUCCAAGUCCAACCUCGCCACAAUGCCUUCUUACGAUGAGGCGGGGCUGCGCACGUUUUUGCGCACUGCCGAGUUUACGACGUACCAGGUCAGCCAUGCCAUUGCGGACAGCCGACAUGGAAACCCUCUUGCUCCCACCUCUGAAGGUGCGGCAGAUCUCGACCAAGGCUCUAGCUCUUCUGGACCCACGUCGCCAAUGUACAAGCGCCCAGUCGACAUGCUCCCUGACCGGGCGACAUCCGACCUCCUGGUUGAGGCAUUCUUCAACCACGCCCACCCAAACUUUCCCAUCUUCCACCGCGGAGCAUUCCAGGUCAAGUACGAGUCGACAUGGCGCAACUCUGGCCAACAACCUCUCACUCAAGACCCGGGGUGGAUGGCGUCUCUGCUCAUGGUGUUUGUCAUUGGAGCGCAGAAGCUAGAGGGAGACCUAGGUGGACAGCCUCAGGCGCUCCAUCAAAAGUGCCUCUCGAUUCUGUUCCGGGACGGCCUCGAGCGCAUCGUUCUCAGCUCGACCCUCUCCAACGUCCAGGCGCUGCUUCUCCUGUCCCUUUAUCAACACAACGUGGGUGAGCGCAACUCGGCCUGGCUCCUCGUCGGCCAGGCGGCGCGUUCCGCUAUCGCGUUGGGUAUGCACAGGGAUGGUGGCGAGGACAGCAAGUUUGACCCGUUCGAGCGCAACACGCGCCGCCUCGUCUGGUGGACGCUGUACAUGUUUGAACAAACAGUGUCACUGGCCCUGGGCCGCCCGUCGUUUACGGAAACCGUUUCCGUGACGGCCAGUCUUCCCGAUGCGACGUUUACCAGCAGCAUUGUGGGCCUGCCACCCAAUUUUCUCCAGCAUUCCAUCGAACUUUCUCGUUUUCACAAAAAGAUCAGGCGGUUCAUCGGUACAUUGUCCCCCCAUUAUGCAGCCCCAAGCAAACUGGCCGAAGCGUGUCCGACAGCCAACAGGCUGCUUGCCGAGCUGUCUCGUUGGCGCACCAACCUUCCGAGCCAGCUUGCGCCAUCGUAUGCCUUUGUGAAUGCAGCACAACGGCGCGCCGUCCUGCUCAUGCACAUCUGGUCAUACUAUCUCGAAUCCAUCAUUGCCCGCGCCUUCAUCCUCGGCCGCGUCGAUCAUGACAUCCCUUCCAUAACGACAGCUCCAGCCCCAGCUCCGCCGCCCUUGUCCAGCAACGUUGCCGAGCUAGCAGAGCGGUGCGUCCAGGCCGCCCAUUCGUCGGUGAAGCUACUUUUGGAACUGGAAGCGUCUGGCCAACUCGAAGGCUGCGUCUACCUCGACUUUUACGCCAUUUACCAUGCGACCAUGAUCAUCGGUAUACACUUUCUCAGCCGACCACUGGGGUUGGACGCCGCCGACGUCGAACUAAAGGCGACCAUCUCAACACUGCUUGCCCGCAGCAAAGGUGUCAGUGUGGCACCCACCUACCGGAUCCUCAUGAACAUUGCAAUGCCUCUGGCUUACAUUGCCGGUAUCGCACCCGAGACCGUCGAGACCACCGAUACGACGCCGGCUGCCGCCUCAUCCGCAACAAACCUUACCCCAAGCGACGAGCAAUGGCCCGGACCGCCUUACAACAUGUCCCCGCAGGCGCAUCCGCAACUGUUCCCACGGGGGGAACCUUCAACCGCGUUCAGCCAUUCAGCUGCGAUUGGCAGAGACCAACCAACUGCCAACCUCGGCGACCCCUCGUCGCUGACUGCGCUAGAGCAGCUGUUUGGACCCAUACCACAGUUCCAACAGAGCGAUCUGCGCCUGGACGCAAUUGCCGACCUGUACGCAAUAGGGUUUGACCCAAACGAUGUCAACCCGCGGACUUUUGCAAUGUGA